AGGGGGGCGAAGGAGGAAGGGGGACACGGCGGGAGCAAAUCGUGAGGGAGCGCGAGGGGACAGAUUUAUCGUUUGAAUUUCCAAGAGAUCAUUUUUAUUACAGUGGGCGUUUGGAAAGCAGCCUCUCGCCAUCGCUGCGGAGCGAGGGCGGGCGGAGGGAGCGCACAGGGGCCGCCGGCGGAGCCCGCAGCCCGCGCGCCGCGCGCUGCCCGCCCGGCGCGCGCUCCCGCGCCGGCGCGCGCCCGCCAGCACGAUCGCUGCCCGGCGAAGUUUCGCCUGCCAUCACUCUCCGGGAUUUUCCUGCUCCGCUCCGGGCGGUAACCUUGAACUUUCGAGAGCGUGGUGACAGUGCCGUAAUAACCCACCAUCACCAACUCCUUAAGAAAAAAAAAAAAGAUUAAAAAAAAAAAAAACAACAGGGCCAAACAAAAAAAUCCUCCCGCCCACCCCCCCUCCCCGGGUCCUUCCCCCCUCAUCUGCAAAACAACCAGCAGCAGCAGCAGCAGCAAAAGCAAGACUCCCGCGCCGCCGACUACAAGAGGGUUAAAAGUGUAGAUUGGAUUUCACCCCGGGAAAUCUAGCACACGGAGUGAACUUGAAUUUUUGGCUAUUUAAGGAGGACUGGGGUUUGUUGUGAAGUUGCGGUGAUCCAAGGCAGAGCCCCGUCCUGAUUGAUUUCAUCUUCCUUGAGUCUCAGAUGACUGUAAAAUGAAUAGAUGAAAUUAUUCCUUUUUGAGGCUUUUCUUAGGGGCUCUCCGGGCAGCGUGUUCUCAAAGCGAAGUCAUGAUGUAUUCUCCAAUCUGUCUCACUCAGGAUGAAUUUCACCCGUUCAUUGAGGCACUUCUUCCACAUGUCCGUGCAAUUGCCUAUACUUGGUUCAACCUUCAGGCUCGAAAACGCAAGUACUUUAAAAAGCAUGAGAAACGAAUGUCGAAGGAUGAGGAAAGAGCAGUCAAGGAUGAGCUACUUAGCGAAAAACCUGAAAUUAAACAGAAGUGGGCAUCCAGGCUUCUGGCCAAGCUGCGCAAAGAUAUUCGCCAAGAGUUCCGGGAGGAUUUUGUGCUCACGGUGACUGGGAAGAAGCACCCAUGCUGUGUAUUGUCCAAUCCUGACCAGAAGGGUAAGAUUAGGAGAAUCGACUGCCUGCGACAGGCUGACAAAGUCUGGCGUCUGGAUCUAGUCAUGGUGAUCCUGUUCAAAGGCAUCCCCUUGGAAAGUACGGAUGGAGAGCGGCUCAUGAAGUCCCCACACUGCACAAAUCCAGCACUUUGCGUCCAGCCACAUCACAUAACAGUAUCAGUCAAGGAGCUUGAUUUGUUUUUGGCAUACUACGUGCAGGAGCAAGAUUCUGGACAACCAGGAAGUCCAAGCCACAAUGAUCCUGCCAAGAAUCCACCAGUAUACCUUGAGGACAGUUUUGUAAAAUCUGGAGUGUUCAACGUGUCAGAACUUGUGAGGGUGUCCAGAACACCCAUAACCCAGGGAACUGGAGUGAACUUCCCAAUUGGAGAGCUUCCGAGCCAGCCAUAUUACCAUGAUAUGAAUUCGGGAGUGAAUCUACAGAGGUCUUUGUCCUCUCCACCCAGCAGCAAAAGACCCAAAACUAUCUCCAUAGAUGAAAAUAUGGAGCCAAGUCCAACAGGAGACUUUUAUCCUUCUCCAAAUUCACCAGCUGCGGGGAGUCGGACAUGGCAUGAAAGAGAUCAAGAUAUGUCUUCUCCUACAAUGAAGAAACCUGAAAAACCUUUGUUUAGUCCUACUUCUCCCCAGGAUUCUUCACCAAGACUGAGCACUUUUCCCCAGCAUCACCACCCAGGAAUCCCAGGAGUUGCACACAGUGUCAUCUCAACUAGAACUCCACCUCCACCUUCACCAUUGCCAUUUCCAGCACAAGCUAUUCUCCCUCCUGCCCCGUCUAGCUAUUUCUCUCAUCCAACGAUCAGAUAUCCUCCUCACCUGAAUCCUCAGGAUACUCUGAAGAAUUAUGUACCUUCCUAUGACCCGUCCAGCCCACAGACUAGCCAGCCUAACAGCAGUGGUCAAGUAGUAGGGAAAGUGCCUGGCCAUUUUACUCCAGUUUUGGCACCCUCUCCCCAUCACAGUACGGUGCGACCUGUGACCCUGACCAUGACAGAUACUAAACCCAUCACUACAUCCACUGAAGGUGAGGCAUCUUCACCUACAGCAACCACCUACACAGCCUCAGGCACAUCCCAAGCCAAUCGAUAUGUGGGACUAAGCCCAAGAGACCCAUCCUUCCUACAUCAGCAACAGCUGAGAAUUUGUGACUGGACCAUGAAUCAAAACGGCAGGCAUUUAUACCCCAGUGCCAGUGAGGAUACAUUGGGAAUUACUUGGCAAAGUCCUGGUACCUGGGCUAGCUUCGUUCCUUUUCAAGUAUCAAAUAGGACACCGAUCCUGCCGACAAACGUCCCAAAUUAUGGUUUGAACGUAAUUGGAGAGCCUUUCCUUCAAGCAGAAACAAGCAACUGAGGGAAAAAAAAAAAAAAUUAAAAAAAAUAAAUAGAAAUGAAGAGAGGAUGAGAAAGGAAACUGAAGAAAGAAGAAAAAAUAGACCAGCAUUUGCAGCUCUUACAAUCAAUAAUCCCUUAUGGUUGAAACUGAAAUGACAUACGAAGGGUCGAAGAUAUUUCACUGAUGGGUAGAAUGUAGCCCCUGCUAAGUAGCCUUUGUUAUAUGAAGUCUGCUGGGAAAUAGAUGUUCUGUCUCUGACAAUAUAUUUUAACUGACUUUCUAGAUGCCUUAAUAUUUGCAUGAUAAGCUAGUUUUAUUGGUUUAGUAUUCUUGUUGUUUACGCAUGGGAUCACUAUUCCUGGUUAUCUCACAGAACAAAGGCUAAGCAGCAGCAGCAGAGCUGCGGGAUGAUAAGGGCCGUGAGCCAGCCAUUUCCUAAACACCCUGAUUUCUAAAUGUUUUAAAAUAAGCUCUGUAGCCUUUAGUUAUCAGUAUGGAUUUAUUAAACUUUGGCCCUUAAUUCAGCCUUUUCUAGUGUGUUAUGCAGUUUGAAGUUUUCAAUCAGUAUGAACACACAGGCUCUAUGGAAGAAAUGCCUCUAUGUAGGUAAAAGUGUUAUCUCAUCAUGCAACAGUAAAAAUGAAAAGGAAAAAAAGCGAACAUUUUCCCCACUAAAGAAACACUUAACAGAGGCAAGUGCAAUCUAAAAAUCAUAUCUAAGGGGUCAUCACUAUAAGUCCUUCAGCCCUUGGACUCUAAAUUGAGGGGAUUAAAAAUAGAAAUAAAAAUUACUUUGAACAAACUUAUUUUUCUCCUCAGUUUUUGAGGGCAUUAAAAGGCAUUAAAUCAAGACAAAUCAUGUCCUUGAGAAAAAUAAAUCAAUUAAAACACAGCACUUAUGUUGGUUUAGCUGCUACCCGCACAGAGGGGUAGGAUUUAUUUAUUUAAAGUUACUGGUUGCAUCAAGAACCCAUAGGGUAUACAUAUUUCUGUAAAACCUGUAUCAUAGAGACAAAGAGACAGGCAAAUCCAUGCCACAAGGGCAAAGCUUACCGUUUACAAACUGGUAAUACCAGGAUGGGGAUAUGUUAUAUUUAAAUAAUGCACUCUUAAUGUAAGUCUAAUUACAGGGUGCUGAAUACUUGCAUGGUGCUUUCAGAAGUUAGCCUUGUUCAACAAUUUUCACAUAUUAACAGAAAUAUAAUGUGCAUGGGCAGACAUUUUGCCUCUAUGUCUCUUUAAAAAAGUAAUUAAAAUACUCUUUCCAGUAAUCCUAAUUUGCACGAAGAUAUAAUGUCCACAUUACGUGCCUUGCCUUGAAAUCUAAAAAAACGGAAAAAAACAAAAAAAAAGAAAAAAACACAAAAAAAUUGACAUCACUACACUUGUUUUGCUGCAUUUAUUAUAAUUUUAAAUCUUUACCAUUUUUAUGACAAAAUAUUUUGUACUCCAGAUGGGAAAAAAGUGUGACAUCAUGGAUUUUUUAGACAGUUAUACCUUUAUCUCACAUUUAUAAAGCAUAUCAUGGCUGUGUAUAGUUGCCGCUUAAAAAUUGUAAUCGACCAGCAAUAUUUUCAGUAUUUUGGUGUUUUUUCUAUUAACCUUUCAUGUUUUUCAUCUUCCAAUUAAUAUUGGGGGGAGGGGAUACAAAUUUAUAUGAAUUAUGCAAUACCAAGUUUUGCCUAUGUAGGUAGUGCUUUUAGCUGCAUUGGUUAUUAUAGGUAAGUACACAGAUUUAAAAGAAAAAAAAAAAAGAAUAAUGUAUGCUUUUUUUGUUUGUUUUAAUUGACCAAAGUGGGUACUGCUAUUUUUGCAGUGUGAUGAGGUCCUUUUCUGUACUGAGAGGUGGACAGGGGAUUUUUUUUUUAUACAUACAUAUAUAUAUAUUCUGGGGUGGGUGGGGAGGAUUUUUAACACUUUACAGUGUAGCUGUGAAGCAGUGCACCCUUAGCCAGGCAAGGGCUGCAAAGCGACUGUUCUGCCUACUGUGACAAACUUUCAAAUCGGUUCCCUUUUUUUAACUUCCCACCUGGGGUGCAAGCUGAAAUCAUUUCUGGAUUUAAAAAAUAAAUAAUGAAUUCUGUUGGAGGCAGACUUGACUUGAGGAAAUUGGUUUACUUUGAGUUUUGUGGGAGUUUUUAGUUUGUUUAUUGUUUGUUUGUUUGGCUUUUUUUUUAAAUUUUUUUUUCUUUUUUUUUUUUUUUCUCCUUGACAAAGGGAAAGAGAGACAGACAGACAGAGGGUGAGGUCAAGACCCACAGUGAGACGAAGCCUUUUCCAUUCUGGCAAAGAUACUGCAAACUAAAGUGUUCACAUUAGAAAAUGUUUUUAGCUCAGAAUGACAAAGACACUUGCUUUGUCUAGGAAAUGCAUGUACAGGGCCAAAAUCUUUGCUGGCAUAAUUCCACUGAAUCCAGUUGACUCUGGAGUUGCUGCUGCAGAGAAUUUGCCUCCCUUAGUCUGCUUGACUGGUAAAUUUUUCUUUUUUCUUUCUUCUUCUAUGUCAAAACAUUUUUUUCCCCCAAGUUUGUUAACUCACAGCAUCUGCUUUACAAUUUUCAGCCUGCUCAGGCUGUGCCAGAGGCUUGCAGUGUCUUCUCAUACAGCAGGUCAGAAGGGGAGCUCUGGGUUGUCGAGUGCAAGGAGGUUCUUAAUGCACAGAAUUAGACUAUGGUGUAAAAAAAAGUGUAUUUCCAGUGAAUUCACAUAUUUCAGAUCAGUAGUGGACGUGUUGCUAGAGACCUCUUAUGCACUAGGGAUCCUUGUGACAUAUGGUUUGACACAGGGCAAAUUUUUUUUUAAAGCACAUCCUUUUAUUAGGCUGAAAGCAAAGGAGGGUAUAGACUUGUGGAUAUGGAAUACCCUGGUGGGGAAAUUCAUCCCUUUGCAGUUGUUUCUGUAUUUUGGAGGUUUUGCUACCCUGGAGCAGCCUCAGAGGUACAGCUGGAGCAGCAGCUGCCCACCCUGGGCACUGAGAACACCAAAGUCAGUCCCUUUAGGCUCUGGCCAGCAUGGUGGCUAAAGAGCUGUGGUGGUGGUGGUGGUGGUGGUGGUGAUGGUGGUGGAGGUGUGCAUCCCCACAUCCCAGCUGGAGAUACCUGUGUAGGCAGGGCCUGGAUGGCCACAGCGACAGGAGCUGUAGAAAAGCAAAUCCAUGAAAUUUAGCUAUAGUCGAACUGAAAACAAGAAAACCCAACAUAAAAAGAUAAGACACCAUAAGAAACUGAAAAUUGACUUUAUAUUGCUCUUUUUCUGAGCCCCAUAGUAAGUGGCUUAAUUCACUAAGCAUGUGGCUAUUGAGACUACCAAAAUGUGCUAGACCCACCCAGAGUGCACCUCAGGCUCUGGCCUGGUAAACAAGGUCUAUAUUGUCCUUUCUGCACAGCACUGAUACUGAGCAGCUCGGGAGAAGAGGAGUGUGCUGGCAAGCUAUUCUUGAUCAGUGCCACUAGCUAGAUAUUCACCUUAAGCUUUUAACAGGACAUCAGAUGAAAAUGAAACAAGUUCAGGCUUUAAAAUGCAAUAGUGAAAUUGAUGGUUGUCCUUGUAGGAGAAUGGAUGCCCUUAAAAGAGUUUUUUAUUAUCUCUGACCUCCUGUAUGAAAAAAAAUAGCGAGCUUCCAGAUGCAAUAUUUAAAAAGCAAACUUCUUCCUUCCAUGUGAAUGAAUUGGGUUGUUAAGCAACUGUGGGUUUUUUUCCACCCGUCUCUCUAAUAGAAAAGCCUUUUUGGAAGAAAAGGACUUUUUCAGUUAUGGUAGCUGCUUUUUUAUUUUAUUUUCUUUCUAUUUUUUUUUUUUUUUUUUUUUUUUUUUCCUUUUUUCAGCUCAGUAGUCAAAAGGUUAAGAUAAGAUUGAGAACUCAAAUCCAGUCUCUGGCCUCCUCCUUCACCAGGAAGUGUAUUCUGACUAACUUGAGCCACCCCGUUCUAUGUGCACUGUUCUGCCUUUAUUAAGUUGCUUUGCAGCCCUGGCCUCAUGGCUGUGCCACUGAAGUGUGUUUCCCCUGGAGUGACAUGAAAGUUUGAGGCUUGACUAAGGAAAAAAAAGGCAGUGAAGGAGACUGUACAUAAAGACAUGGCAAAAAUAUUAAUUAUAGCAAUAUAGUUGUGGGGUGAUAUUCAGGUGGGCAGCUCCAUUGAAAAUAUGUGAAUGAAUCUGUGAAGCUGCAAGUAGCGAGCAGAAAGGAGGAUCUUCUGAAUGAACCGCCUACCUUGUAGACAGUAAUUUGUACACUGUAUAGUUUUGUUAAGAUUUUUUUUUUUUUAAUUAAAAUACCCUUGUUUGUAAAGCUAACUUUUUAACAAUUAUAAUGGAAAUGCAUGUCAUUUCCAUUUUUAAAGUAAACAAGAAUAUUCCUUGUUUGGAAACUGGACUUGGGUUAAAACUCUCCAGUUUCUUAAUUUAUGUAUUAAAAAAAAAAUUGUCCAUGUUAGGAGUUAUUUCGCAGAUUCCUGUGCUUGAAAAGCAGAGGUUACUAAUCCUUUAAAAUGUAAAUGGAGAAAAGUUAUAUUUUAUGAAGGUUAUUUUGUUGUAUUUAGUAUUGGAAAAGUUGGUUUUCAGAGCAUUUCAAAAUGUUGGAAGCACCACUGUCUUUUUAUUAGUAUAUAUGGCCUUUAGCAAAAGUUUUUGUGAUUGUUACAUGAUGAUAUUUAAGAUUAGCUUCACAGAGCAAUUCAGGAUAGGCAGAGAACUAAAACAGUACUUAUGUCUCACAUAGCUUUGUCCUCAGGGAGCAGAAUUUUGGAUUUGCAACUUGUAGCUUCAUAAGGACUUAAUGAAAGAGAUUGCACAAGGACAUACUCAGCUUUGACACCGGAGUGUGUUCUGUACCUAAAUCUAAAUUAUAUUUACUGUGUGAGAUUAUGAAGGCUGCAGAAAGUUAUCCCAUAUUCAGUGUACAGUAUUCACUUCUAAUGAAACAACUCUCUAAUGUUGCUGGCAGUAAGGCCCCAAGCAUGAUGUCCAAUAUAGUUUACAUGAUUCUGUCAAGGUCUUUUGUUAACAUUAACCAGCUGCAUGCUCCUGGACUUUUUUUAUUUGGUUUCUAUAGAAAACUUAAGAAAAAAAAGAGAGAGUAAAAUCAUAUGCAGGCCAAUCAAGUUAAACAGGAGAAGCUCAAAGUUGAAUGUUCUACUCCAUGCUGAGGGAGCUGAAAACUGCCUCCUUCUUAUUUGCACUUUCUGCUAGUUCCCCUGUUUUUUCUAAUUCCUCAAAAUUGUGUGGGUGUGGUGGAGCACUGCAGUUGGAGGAUAACACGGACCACUGAUUUUGCCCUUUAACCCUGCACAAUGACCUUUGCAUCAGCCAAACUUGCCAUGCCAACUCUUUGUACUGUUUCCAUGCCACAGCUCUGUUGGUCACAUUGUUAAUAGUAAAGGGGACAAGUUGGAGACGGUCAAUUUUUACAUUUUUGUUGCAAUUUUUUCUUCAAUGGUUGUAAGUAGUUUGUUUUGUUUUGGUUAUUUUUUUAUAUGAUAAAAGGGUUCACUAGUUAUUACUCUUUAGAAAUAUCUGUGUGUUGCAAUUCAAAUGUAUGUUGAACUUGUGAAAAGGGCUUCAGUGCCACUAGCAUCAUAAUAUUCUAGAAUAAGCCUUUGAUACUUUCAUUGCAUGACAUAAUAACAGUAAAACAAAAGGUGGCCUAAAUAAAUGGAGAAGUGUGAGCUAGUGACACUAAAGCCAGUCUUUGUAUUACUGUAUUUUUGACAGAAUGGUUUUGAAAACUGUGCUACAGGGACUGAUGUGGCAAAUGUAUCUCUAUAUGCAGAAGGAAGUUUUUUAAGAAGUAUGGCUUAUUAUGCAUUCUUCAUUGAGGGCAUUGAAGUUGCAUGGACUGAAAAAAGUUGAUGCAAAAUGAGAAAGAAACAAAAACCAGCAAAAUGUUUACCAAAAAACUCAAACAAAUGAGCAGUGCCUGUUCAAUUUCACAGUCUCUGUUGAGUUCAGUUGUAAAUAUGUUUCAGAUAACGUUUUCUUCUUCUUCUUCUUCAAAAAAAAACUCUACAACUUUGUAGAAUGUGAGGGGUUCCUCAAUCCCAGGCAUAGGCUUCUUGAGAGCUGCAUUAGAUUAUGUCUUCAUCAAGCUGUUAAUUUGUGCUUAUAUCAUAUAGAACUUUUAGUAAACUGGGAAGAGGCACCCCAUCUCAAUGAUAUUUCUCUGAGAACAACUUUUGUAGGGCUGUGUGUUUCUUUAGAUACAUUUAGUACAACUGUAGGUGACGAGUAGUCAGUUAUUGCUUGCUAGCUACACACCAGGGUUGAUCCAUUUUAAAACUUUUGGCAUUUUCUCCCAUACUGUAGGCCAUAAAUCCUGAAGGUUACAUUUUAAUUAAAAAGGAGUUGCAUGCACAGUCUUUGUGUAAUGAACCUUCACUAGUAGAAUGCAUUACAGUACAGCUACUUAAUUUUGGAAUUAUGGUCCUCUGGCAUCAGACCUGUUUUUAGCCUGAGUGUUAACAAAGGUUUUUAUUGUGCCUGGUUGGAGGAUAAUAAUGUUCUUUUGGGUACUCUUUUUUUUUUUUUUUUUCUUUUUUUUUAGGUUACAAAUGAACUCAACUGCCACAAGUUUUAAACUGGUGUAAAUCAAGCUUGACUUAAUGUGAUUGUUACUGUUAUAUCCAGCCUAUACUGCUAGCAGCUGCUCAUACUGCAGUCAAUUACUGGAAGCGGAUAUAUUUCCUAUGCAAAAACUGUUUAAACAAUAAAAAUGAGCUAUGCUACA